AUGACUGAUACAAUGUGGAUGCUGCCACUGCUGAUUAUGCUGCUGUUGAAGAAAAUAUUACUAUCAUAUCUCUUCUCAAUGGAGAGCCACGUGGUUAUUGUUAGUUGCAGUUCAUCGGUUACUACAGCAGAACUUAACUAUAGCUCAAUACAACUUGCACGAGAAGAACUAGCUACUACCGUUCGACGUAUGAAACCCUUUUGGACCAGUACUGGAUUAUGUCCACCGGAGCCACGAAACACAAGUGGAAUCUUUUGGCGAUCGAGAGACUCAAUGAUGAAUCUGGAGUUGAUUGCCUCGUUGCCGAAUCGUGGUAUAAGCCAUGUGCGGAUCCAUUGGCUUUUAGAGCUGCUCGAAGUUUCCAAGAAACAGGAACAGUUUCGGUACAACUUUACCGAGUUGGAUGCGUUGUUGGAUCAUCUUCAUAAUCUUCAUCUUUAUCCCGGGUUCGAGCUCAUGGGUAUACCAAAUGGCUCGGGGCAACCUUAUUCACCAGCUUUUUGGUUUGAUGUGGUGCAGCAACUGGUGGGAAGAUACGCAAACCGGUACGGUAUACAGUACUUGAAGGAGUGGCGAUUCGAAACGUGGAAUGAACCGGACCUACAUGGCUACAAUUUGUUAAAUUUCACUGUGAAAGAAUAUCUAUCCUAUGUUUUUGCCAUCACGAAGGGUUUACAUAUUAUCACAGAAGAUAUCAAUGCUAGGCAGAAUAUGAGCUCGAAGGGAAAAUUGUUUCCGUUGUACGGUCCGGCGGGUCUUUUUAAAUCCAUCGAACAUCAUCCGUUCUGUUGGUCUGUGCUGAAAAUUUGCAAUUCCAACACUACCGUUGACUGUCCUUUUGAUACGAUCACCUUCCAUCGUAAAGGGAACGGGCGUUGGGCAUCGGAAGUAUUGGACGGUGGGCGCCAGCUGUUUGAGGAAAUGUUGAAAAGUUAUCCAAAUGUCGGACGCCUUAAGUUUGCCAACGAUGAAGCCGAUCCAAUAGCCGGAUGGUCUACUGCUCGUCCUUUUCAGGCGGAUGUGCGUUACGCUGCUAUGCUAUUUUCGAUCGUCACUCAACACUGGUCAACAAUUGCAGCGGGUGAUACAUUUGGACGACGUUUGCUGUUUCUGUCUCAUGAUAAUGCAUUUCUUAGCUACUAUCCGUAUGUGUUCGAGCAGCGUACACUCUUUGCCCGGUUCCAGAUGAAUCUUACAAAUCCGCCACAUGUGCAAUUUAUCGUAAAACCAGUUUUUUCCGUCCUGGGAAUGCUUGCCAACUUGGCACCGUUUGCUGAGCCAACUCAAUACGUUGAAGGAAACGUUUCUUAUGUAGUUUCGGUGGAUAAACAACGUUCAUAUUUAUGUCUCAUGGCAUCACGCUCCAACGAUAGCUUCCCGAUGUGGGUCCAACGAUCGCAUUUAAAUGUAACCAUUCCUUGCGACAUGUUUUGUCCUGUUCGCUCAUCGAUGGUGUGUCGCAUUAGCUAUCUGAUAGAAGUCGUUCAGAGUGGUCGCAAUGACCCGUUUCAAUUGUGGCACAAGCAAGGAAAACCACCCUUUCCGUCAACGGAACAAUUGGCUGCAAUGCGUGAAAUGCAGCUACCAAGCGUUUUGCAUAGUGGUUCUAGGGUUGUAAAAUUUGGAGGGACAUCUAGUAUAGACAUCUCCUUAAACUUGUGUGGUCCAUGGAUUGUAAGCAUAAGGGUGUGCAUUGAAGAUCACACUGCACCGGGCCGAGUGCAGAAUGUGCGUAUUAGGGAGGUGUUUCGAGACGAAGUGUUAGUCUAUUGGAAGUUAUCAACGAGAAAACAUGCAAAGUGUCGGUGUAUUCAGACGUACGAAGUGUGGUACAAAUCUGCAGCGUUCAGAACUGCAGCAGUUGAAAAAGGUCUUAAACAAAAUGAUAAACGCAAAUGGCGCCACAUAAACAUGGCGAAACAUACUCCCUUCAUGUUUUAUCAAUAUGCAAGCAACAUAAGUUUUCGUGCAGAAGAGCAUAAUGAAAAAGUAUCUUCUGGAGUAAUCGGAUAUUACAAAGUGCGUGCUGUGGAUAUUUUUGGUCGGAGAGGAUCAUUUUCAAAAACCACAUAUUACGGUGGGAUUGGUGGUACCACUUAA